AUGACCAUCACACUGUUGAUCACAUAUCUGCUUCACGGAGGCAUUCAGUCUAAUGAAAAUGGGACCUUUGGAAAGGUGUGGAUUUUGACUGCCCAGCUUGAUUUCAUAUUAGCAGGCACUCAGUUGGGAGGGGACUACCAGCUGUUUCAGGGUGCCAUUUCUUUCACAGUACGUUCAGAUGAGAUACUUGGGUUCCAGAAAUUCCUUCAGAUGGUGAAGCCUUGCUGGAAACAAGAAGACGGUUUCCUCAAAGAUUUCUGGGAACAAGCAUUCAACUGUUUUUAUCCAGAUUGCAGUGCGCCCAUCAAAGCUGAUGGAGUAUGUACUGGGGAGGAACAUUUGGAGAGCCUUCCUAGGACAUUUUUUGAAAUGAACAUGACUGGCCAAAGCUACAGUAUCUAUAAUGCUGUCUAUGUGUUGGCACAUGCUUUGCAUGCUCUGCGUACAUCUAGAUUCAUCCAAAGAGAAAGGGUGUAUGGCAAACAAACUGAACUUCAGGAUCUCCAGCCUUAUCAGUUAACAUAUAAUAUGGGACCAACAGUGCCACCCACUUCUGUGUGUAAUGACUACUGUCCCCCUGGUUAUCACAAGAAGAAGAGGGAAGGGGAGAAAUUUUGCUGCUAUGAUUGUGCUCCAUGUCCAAAAGGAAAGAUCUCAAACCAGAAGGACAUGGAUGACUGCAUUGUGUGCUCAGAUGAUCACUAUCCAAACAAAGACCAAGAUCAGUGUUUUCCCAAGAUGGUAAGCUUUCUGACUUAUGGAGAACCACUGGGGAUCAGUUUAGCCUCUCUGGCAGUCUCUUGUGCUGUGAUCACCGCUUUGGUUCAGGGAAUUUUCAUUAAACACAAAGAUACUCCCAUAGUCAAAGCCAACAACCGCAAUAUCACCUACACUCUCCUCAUCUCCCUUCUCCUCUGCUUCCUCUGUUCUUUGCUGUUUAUUGGACAACCUAGGAUGGUGACCUGCUUGCUCCAACAAUCUGCCUUUGGAAUUGUCUUCUCACUGGCUGUUUCUUGUGUCUUGGCCAAAACUGUCACUGUGGUUGUAGCUUUCAUGGCCACCCAACCUGGAUCCAGGAUGAGGAAGUGGAUAGGAAAGCGAGUGGCCAACACCAUCAUUCUUUCCUGUUCUCUUAUUCAGACAAGCAUUUGUAUUGUGUGGUUAGGAACAUCUCCCCCAUUUCCAGAUUUGGACAAACAGUCAAUUACUGAAGAGAUCGUAGCAGAAUGUAAUGAAAGUUCUUUUAUGUUUUAUAUUGUGCUAGGCUACAUGGGACUUCUGUCCCUCAUCAGCUUGACUGUGGCUUUCCUAGCCAGGAAGUUGCCAGACAGUUUUAAUGAAGCCAAGUUUAUCACCUUCAGCAUGCUGAUCUUUUGUAGUGUUUGGGUAUCUUUUAUUCCAGCCUAUCUGAGCACCAAAGGGAAGUACAUGGUAGCUGUGGAAAUCUUCUCUAUCUUCGCUUCAAGUGCAGCAUUACUGGGUUGUAUUUUCUCCCCUAAAUGUUACAUUAUUGUCCUAAGGCCUGAACUUAACAAUAGGGAACUGAUCACAAAAAGAAAGAAUUAA